AUUCAAAGCUCGAUUGUUGAAACCCUGACCCGAAAUGGGCCUAAACAGACCCAAUUGUAUUAGUUUAUAAUUAUGACCGAUUUCUGUUCAGAAUUUGGGCUCUAAACCAGACCAAACCGGAGCUUUCCUGUCACAAACCAAAAGCAAAACGAGAUUUUAGUAAUAUCAGCAGGUCUUUCCUUUCCCUCUCGCUAUCAGCUUGGCUAUGGCGACAGUCCGCAUGAUAGAUAUAGCCGUCAACUUCACAGAUGGCAUGUUCAAAGGAAUCUACAAUGGGAAGCAGUGCCACGUCUCGGAUAUAGCUACGGUUUUGAGCAGGGCUUGGACUGCCGGCGUCGACCGCAUCAUCGUCACUGGUGGAUCACUUGAGGAAUCAAAGGAAGCUCUAACAAUUGCAGAAACCGAUGGAAGGCUUUUUUGUACAGUUGGUGUGCACCCAACUAGAUGCAAGGAAUUCGAAGAGAGCGGGGAUCCAGAUAAGCAUUUUCAGGCCCUUUUGUCAUUGGCCAAAGAGGGAAUAGAGAAAGGAAAGGUGGUUGCAAUUGGUGAAUGUGGAUUGGACUAUGAUAGGCUUCAGUUUUGCCCAGCAGAGAUUCAAAAGAAGUAUUUUGAGAAGCAGUUUGAAUUAGCACAUGCCACUAAGCUGCCCAUGUUUCUGCAUAUGCGUGCGGCUGCUCCAGAUUUUUGUGAAAUUGUGGAGAGAAAUAGGAGCAGAUUCAGCGCAGGGGUGGCCCAUUCAUUUACUGGUAGUGCAGAAGAUCGUGAUAAACUUCUUUCCAUCAACAACAUGUAUAUAGGUGUAAAUGGUUGCUCUCUGAAGACAGCUGAGAAUCUCUAUGUUGUGAGGAGCAUUCCUAUUGAGAGGAUGAUGAUUGAGACAGAUUCUCCAUAUUGUGGAAUCAAGAACACAAGUGCCGGGAUUAAAUUUGUAAAGUCCACUUGGCCUUCUAAGAAGAAAGAGAAGUACGAUCAAGAGUGCAUUGUUAAAGACCGCAAUGAACCGUGUUUGGUUCGGCAAGUUCUAGAGGUGGUAGCUGGUUGCAAAGGAAUCAGUGAAAUAGGUCAGCUGAGCAGGACACUAUACCACAACACUUGCCGGGUUUUCUUUCCUCAGGACUUGGAUUCUGCAGCAGAUUCUCUACUUGCUGGUCAUGACCCUCAAUGAUAAAACCAAAUUCCUUCCCGCCGAAGGUUAUUCAGUUCCUCUUUCAUGACCCUCAGUGAUAAAACCGUUCUGUAUUUUAUUUACCAGCGACCUCCAGUUAUGAAAAUAGAGGAUUCAUUUUAUUAUUGAGUUGAGGAUUUAUCAAAUAUGUUUUAGAGAUCAAAUUAUUUAUUCUCAGGCUGUAUUA